UCCGCGUUGGUACUUUGUUUUGGUCAGGAAUGUCGGACCCAGUGGAAUAAAAUAACAGUAGUCGUGUGGCGCAAGCUCUAGUUCUAGUCACGCCCGAGCUUCUUUUUUUUGUUGUUUGUCUGUUUUAAUUGUCUAAGGGAGAUGUAUAUGAAGCGUCAGAGUGAUCUAUUACGUGUAUUUAGCGUUAGCUGUUUUCGGUUUUUACUCGUUGACGCCUAUCUAUUGGUCGCUAAAUGCUAACGACUCGUAGCGGUCAGGCUAUCAAGGCAGCCUAUUAUGUUCAGAUAACGUUAGCUUGCCAGCAAAAUACCGAAGCUGUAUGCUAGCUACACCCGUACAGACAUUUAUGUCCUUAAAUAGUGUAUUUAGCUUGGUUGCAAUGUGUUGCUCUUUCUGGGCUGUAUCAUUUUAGCUGACUUGCUGCUAAUAAACCUACAAAAUGGGUUAGCUAAGGUACUUGGCUGAAUUCGUAAAUCGAAAUGCAGUUGCCCUUCGUGUAAUCGAAGCUUAUGCAAGCUAGCGACUUGUUUGUUUUUUGUCAUUUAAAGGGUCUGUUACUCCCAUGACCACCCAUGCAAUGAUGGUGCUACGUCGAUUAUUAAGAAAGCGUUGGGUUCUAGGUGUGGUCUUUGGACUUUCCCUUAUCUACUUCCUCACCAGCACACUCAAACAGGAGGAGAGAACCAUACGGGACCGUACCCUGUUGGAGGUCCGGGAUUCAGACCAUCGCAUCUCCUGGAAGGUCCGCUUCAACCUGGGCAACAGCAGCCGGCAGAUCACUCAGUGCCGAAACUCCAUCCAAGGCAAGGCACUACUCACAGAUGAACUUGGUUAUGUCUGUGAGAGAAAGGACCUACUGGUGAAUGGCUGCUGUAACGUAAAUGCCCCCAGCUCCAUGCAGUACAUCUGUAAAAGCUGCUUGGCCAAUGGCUGCUGUAACAUCUACGAGUACUGUGUGUCCUGCUGCCUCCAGCCUGACAAGCAACCUUUGCUCGAGCACUUCCUGAAUCGUGCAGCCCAAGGCUUCCAGAAUCUCUUCACCGCUGUUGAGGACCACUUUGAGCUGUGCCUGGCCAAGUGUCGAACCUCUUCACAAAGCGUUCAGCACGAGAACACCUACCGAAACCCUCAAGCAAAGUACUGUUAUGGAGAGAGUCCGCCAGAGCUCCUUCUUAGAUGAGUGUCUGAUAUCAACUCUGGGGUAAUGGCGGUACAAGAGGAGCAGUUGCCCUAGAAGGCGCUGCAUAAGGACACCCAGAGGUGCUUGCCGAAGAAUCACAACUCUUUACAUCUCUGCGUCUAAAUUGCUGUCUUGGACAAUUUUGAAUACAGUGGCGCAGAGAUGGAGCUCAUCAGAACACAAGAACAACCUCAAAAUGGACAACUAUUGUACACAAUUGGAUUAUUUUACACUUCAUAAGUGCAUAGAACGCUUCAUUAAUUCAUCCGUGAUGAUCAUCAGGUCUACAUACUGUAGGCAGGGCAGCUUAUUCAUCAGCAUCUGCAGCAUUACCUAUUCAAUAGAAAAAGAGGCUUCAAGUUUAACCUUGGCAUACGUAACACAAUUAACAUCCGUUUUUAUGUAACAUUGGACAUUUUGAAAAGGCAAAGAAUGUGUUAAAUCUUCUGUGUGUUGUGCAUGCAUAUAGAAUUGGUAUUUAAUAAAAGUGACUGUGA